AUGAGUGAAGAUGUUCAUCUCCAAUUUUGCGUGGGUGAUCGCUUCUAUUUAUGCGAAAAUAAAAUCCUCUGCGAGUAUGAUUACGAAGAGAGGCUGGUGUUCGCCAACAUAGCGCUUCACCCGCCAACAACUCUCGCUCAUCUCAAAAGGCAGCUGCCACCGACGCCCACGCCUCCCGGACAAAGCCAGCAGCAGCAGCAGCAGCAACAGCAGCAGCAACAGCAACAUCAGAAUCAACAAGCGCAAAUGCUUGGACAACAAAUGGCACAGCACAAUCAUGUCUCGAAUGGUCAGAUGCCGGGUGGUACGCCGUCAGUUAACGGGACCCCGUCGAUUGGCAUGGGGGCGACGCGCGGCGGACCCGGCGACAUGAACAACAAUGGACUCUCGGGCCCGGGGCUCGGGCCUGUAAAGGCGGCUCCCAUGUCGAUGCAGGCUCCGACCAGCUGAGAGGAGGCUGCUCCACCGCUCAAGAAGCUACGCUGCCUCGACGGCUACUGAGAUCCCGAUACCGCGGCCACCAGGAACUCGUCCGGGGAUGGUCAACGCGCCCCGAGGGAAUCUCAGAGACCGUGUACAUAUAAAUGUAGCUCUUGCGAGCGGACGUGAUUAAUGCGUCGGCCCGAACGGCCCGCUCUUCGCUUCACGUUGUUUUACACUUUUGUUGUUAUCCACGGCGAUCGCCUGGCUUCUAUAUCAUCAUCAUCAUCAUCAUCAUCAUCAUCAUCA